UAUAUCUAACAAUCGAAUUACUCGAUUAGAAAAUCCAAUUCAUGUAGUUGCUUGGAUAUUGACACGUCAAGUUUGAUGUAAACAUGGAUGGUCAGUUAUUGUAUUGUCUCGUGCAAUCAUAAUCAUGAAUCGUGCUGGAUCAUCGAAAGUCGUGCAACAUAACCUCCCUUCAAUGCUUCAGAGUGACCAGGAUCGCGAUUUUCGGCAACGCGAACCAACGCUUUAUACUGUUAAGGGUAUGGCCAUUCUGGACAAUGAUGGCAAUAGAAUAUUAGCUAAAUAUUAUGAUAAAAAUAUAUUUCCUACAUCAAAAGAGCAAAAGACAUUUGAAAAAAAUCUUUUCAACAAAACACACAGAGCAAAUGCAGAAAUUAUUAUGCUGGAUGGUUUAACAUGUGUUUAUAGGAGUAAUGUAGAUUUAUAUUUUUAUGUUAUGGGAAGUUCUCAUGAAAAUGAGUUGAUUUUAAUGAGUGUAUUAAAUUGUUUAUAUGAUUCAGUAAGUCAAAUUUUAAGAAAAAAUGUUGAAAAGAAAGCUGUUUUAGAUAGUUUAGAUAUAGUUAUGUUAGCAAUGGAUGAAAUUUGUGAUGGAGGAAUAAUUCUUGAUGCUGAUGCCACAAGUGUAGUUCAAAGGGUGGCAUUAAGAACCGAUGACAUUCCACUUGGAGAACAAACAGUCGCACAGUCUCUGAUUGUUUUGCAAUCUGCAAAGGAACAACUCAAGUGGUCAUUACUAAAAUAAGAUUUAUGUAUAAAAAAUCGUAUGAAAUAUUCAAUUGUACGAGAUAUUAUUUUAAAAUAUAAAAAAGUAAAAAAUUGCUUAUUAUAUGUUCUGAAA